UUGCACCAAAACAACCUAGCUCGUGCUGGCUUCGAGCCCGCCAACCGCCAAGCCAUCAAGCAUCACCCAGGCCGCCUCGAUCCGAUCUUGCGGCACCAGUCGCCGUGCUUUGUUUUUUUUUACUUGUCCUUCAUUUGCGCCUGUUUACGCCCCAAUGCCAGAGUCCGUCGUCAUGGUCGACCACGACAUGAACUUCCGUUCGUAAUCUCCAGCGUCCUGUGCCGCGCUGCCCGCGACUUUUGUUUUUGCACUCGCCUCUCUUUUUCUGCGGGCAGCUCCUCGCGCACGCUCAUUUGUCCCCGACCCUUGUUUUUUGCCCACUCGGGAAUUGGCGUCGCGUCGCUCGAUUGACCCAAUCCUCCCCCGCGUCGCGCUUCUGGUUGCCCCUCGUUGCGGCUCGAGGCUCCACGACACCCAAAUUCCACUCCUCCCUGUCCUCUAUACCGCUCAACACCAGACCGCAGCGACCAUCCCUCCUAAAAACCGAUCUCGAAAACGCCGAAACCCAUUUGACCCGACGCCGAUCCACUUGCCCACCGUCCCCGAUUCUUUGCCCUCCAAAACCGUGCCGUCCAACAGGCGAUCUCCGCGAUCCUAGAAGCUUUUUCGAUACUAGGGACAGCAUCGAAACCGACGACGAGACCCUCGAGGAAUACAGGCCAGGCGCACGUCUCUACCAGCCACCCCGCCACUUGCAACUCGGCAAACCAAACGUGAUGGAGAACUACCAGAAGUUGGAGAAGAUCGGAGAAGGCACGUAUGGUGUCGUCUACAAGGCCCGCGACCUGUUAAAUCAGGGUCGUAUAGUGGCCCUGAAGAAAAUUCGACUCGAGGCUGAGGACGAGGGAGUGCCAUCGACGGCCAUCAGGGAGAUCAGCCUGCUCAAAGAAAUGCGGGACCCCAACGUCGUCAAGCUACUCAACAUCGUCCACGCCGACGGGGCUAAACUCUAUCUCGUUAUGGAGUUCCUCGACCUCGACCUCAAGAAGUACAUGGAGGCUCUGCCCGUGUCGGACGGCGGUCGUGGCAAGGCUCUGCCCGAGGGCAGCAGCUCUCAGCUGAGCCGCCUGGGCCUGGGUGAGAACAUCAUCAAGAAGUUUAUGAGCCAACUUUGCGAGGGUACCCGCUACUGCCAUUCGCACCGCAUCCUGCACCGCGACCUCAAGCCGCAGAACCUGCUCAUCGACCGUGAUGGCAAUCUCAAGCUCGCCGAUUUUGGUCUCGCCCGCGCGUUUGGCGUGCCCCUGCGCACUUACACACACGAGGUCGUGACGCUGUGGUACCGUGCCCCGGAGAUUUUGAUCGGCGGCCGCCAGUACUCGACGGGCGUCGACAUGUGGUCUGUCGGCUGCAUUUUUGCCGAGAUGUGCACGCGCAAGCCCCUGUUCCCUGGUGAUUCCGAGAUUGACGAGAUCUUCAAGAUCUUCAGACUCCUGGGAACACCGACCGAGGAGACGUGGCCCAGUGUCACGGACGAGAACAUCUACCCUGACUUCAAGCCGUCGUUCCCCAAAUGGCAACGCGACCCGAACCAGAAGCUGUGCUCGAACCUGAACGAAACCGGACUAGACCUACUCGAGAUGAUGCUUGCCUACGACCCGGCCGGCCGCAUCUCGGCCAAGCAGGCCUGCAACCACCCAUACUUUGAGGACUACGAUCCUCCGCAGCGCUCGGGCCACGCCUCCAACGGCUACCGUCAUUAGUCUUGAUACCCCGUCUUUGAUCAGUUGCCGCCCGCGUCGCGCCACCGACGAACCCCUCUCCCCGAUAUCGCUAGACACUGGUCCAGGAAUCUAGCACGACGCCGACCGUAGUAGCUGUAGCGAAGGCCACGAGAUCUCACCUCGACCGCGUCCUGUGAUUUACUCGCAGAUGUAUCUGAGGAGCACGACUUAAAAGGACAUGCUUACAGUCUUGUUUUGUGUCUGCUUUUCCAGGAUAGUUGGCUGCGCGGUUUCCCUGCCAUUACUGUUUCCUUACCUGGGUGGGAUAACGCGCUCUGAUGCAUCAAUGAUUCCCCCCUCGCCGAUUACAUUGCAUUAAAACUUGUCUGUUUUUUAUCAUCUUUGUUGUUCAAUGCCAACCACUUCUCGGGGCGUUCCUAUUCCAUGGCUGUCGCCCUCGCGUGAAUGCGCGCUUCGAGCUGUGACCCAAAUCUUGCUUGGCGGCUCUGCAAUGGGAUGACGAACUUUGACUGAGGAUACCAUCCUUGGUGUGCUUCGAGCUUAUCAACCCAGAUUCUCGGCUGUCUAUACCAGGGUUGAGGUCGGCUUGGGCCGAGGGAGUAACGAAGUAUUAUCCUAUUCCAGUCCCGGAUCGGAGGUUGAUUAGACGUGGGGUCGAGGCGGCCAUGCGACGGCACCAUAUGCCCAAGCAGCCAAUCUCCUGUGGGCGGUGCUUGGGCAAGGCAAGGCGCUCUUGCAUACGUCUCGACAUGCCCAUUUUCUUGUAGCCGGCAUCCAGAGCUCGCUCAUAAGGUCCUUUGGCACACGACCGUACUCCUCUUCUCCCCCUCGCCUUUAUCACAUUUGUCACGAAUCAAAAUGUACGCAGCACUUAUGUACUCGACUAGACGGAAGGCGCAGGACGGGGAGGCUCUGGAAAACCUUUGGGGGGGUGGACUGAACUCGGGCUUUGCAAUUAUCCUGUUUGGCGACGAUGAAUCUGCCCACC